CCUCUCCUCCUGCUCACUCCCUGAGUUCGUCCCCGCGCCUCCUGUGUCAUUAAGCUCCUUAAAAUCAACGUCCCACAAUUGCUCCCAACACAUGGGAAGCUCUUAUCACCAACGAUGUGCUGGGAACGUUAUUUAUCCGCUGCCUUAAAAGUCGUGCAGCUUCUUAUCCACACCCAUGGCGGACGGCUCAGAUAGAGGCGCUUCGCGCGUGUGAUGUGCUCUUAACGGGCUUUAGGGUUUGGCAGCCUUUGAGAAAAUUUAACUCGUGUUCGAAUCUCAAUAAACUCUACUUCUGUUGCUUGCAGGCCUGGGUUCGAGUCCCACCAGCUCCAGUUUCGAGUACCUUGACAAUCGUUUUGGUUGCGGAUAUUGGAACGAAACGGCUGUUUGCCCCGCUAUUUCGGGUUCGCGUUGGAGAAAUCGAAACAAACCCUUGGAGAGCAACGGCUGGAUUCAGAGUGUGUUUUUGCAGUCGGCUAUAAGAAUUGUUGGAGCUGAGACACAAUAAAUCUGGAAGCUGGAUGGAAUGUAGAUAGCGCGCAAGAGUUUUCCGUAUUUACUGCUUCGAUUCCGUUUGUAUUUUGCCUACGACUUCCUUUGUUCCUUCCAAAGAAAGCCUCCAGGCUCCAGUAUUUAUUUAUCCUGCUCGGUUUCAAAAUUUUCAAGGCUUCAUUAAAUUUACGGAUUCGCUGUUCUCCAAGCUUGUUAAGGCUACUGUAAAUAGCGGCGGAAUCUUUUCAUCAAUCGGCGAUUUCAAACGAUCGUGUCAAUCAGGGUUUGCAACUUUUUUAUAUUUGGAAAAAAAAAUUACUACAGAAUUUCCAGUUCUUGUAAAGAAAAUGUCGUUCGAGGAGGAUAGCGAGGCCUGGACAUGGCAGGAUUUGGCCGGCGACUCCUCUCUCGCGCUUUCGGACUUGUUGAAUGAUUUUGAUCUGACGCAAGGUGAAGAAAUCUCGGCUGACAGUCAAGGCAGCAGAGAGCCUGAAUCUUCCAGCUUUGCGGGAGUUAGUCCGCCAUUGAAGAGGCGUCGAAUGCUUCAAUUUUCUGAGGCUGUAAGGUUCGAAGAUAAACAAAACGGCGGAUUUGAGGAUCACAGCGGAGAUCUUCAAAUGUCGGAUCCAGUCGGCUCAGAUUCGUUCUUGUUUUGCAGAAACGAAGAUCUUUCUGGCGAAAGCUUGGAAAAUUCCUCUGAGACCUGGAUGGCAGGAUGCAUCAACGAAGGGGAAAUGCCUGACAUUUCAGACGAUCCCAAUGCUUCAGGAGGAUUUGAUGACCAGAUCGAUAUAUCAGAAUUUUGUAAUCUGUUACAGCCUGGUGUGGAUGCAGACACGCCACAAGCACAGAUCGGCAAUCCUCCAAGCGAUCUCCCUGCAGGGAAGCAGAAAACCAGAGGAAAAGUGACAUAUCCUUUUGCUCUGAUAAAACCAUGUGGGGUGCAAGGAGAUGUAACGCUCAACGACAUAAACCACAAGAUUUCUAGCACUUCUACAUUACUGCAAGUCCAAGACUGUACACGGGCAAAACCUGUGCACAAGUCGGCAAUCUCUGGAAAAACUGUCGUUGCCUGCACAAAAGUUCACACGGAAGGAAACGGCAGCAUUAUAAUCAUGAGAACAAGAGGCUGAUGAGGUUCGAGCCUGAAAAUUCACUGCAGCUAACAGAUUUUCGUGAAACGAAAAGACAGAGAUUUGAACUUGGGACCUCACCCUCACGCUCCUGAUUAAUGUACGCUCCCGAUUAAUGUACAUAAAUACGUAUAUACACGCAAGUAGCCGAGAUUCUUUAAUUUUUUUGAACUAAACAUAGUGUAGGAUCUGAAUUCUCUGAUGAGAUGUGGAUGUGCCACGUAGCAAUGGUGGCCCGCGAGCCAAUAACUUGAUCUGCUCUAUUUAAUUGAUGUGUGCAGUAUUUUUAUUAAGUUACUGAUUUGAUGCGACAUUUUCCAUAA